AUGUCUUCGCAUUCGUCUACAUCAUCAACACCGAGUGCAAUACAUUCUCUAAUAUUCUCGACAAGUUCGAUAGCCACAGCAUCAACAUUCGGCCAAGUAAUCGCACGACAAAGCAACAAAAAGAACAAAAAGAAGCCGGUUCCACGUCCUCAUCCCUCUUUUCCAAUUUUAUCCAGACCACCACUGUCACGACGGGCGUCCGAAUCCAAUAAUGACACAACAGCAACCAAAAAAUCCGCGAACAAUAAGAAUAACAACAAAAGUCCAUUCAAACCUUUCAAAAUCUUCCGCUCAAAAAGUAAAAGAUCCUCGAAAAUCUCGUCCGCGGGUUAUAAUUUACCGUCCACGACCCCAUGCGACAAUUUAGCAUUAGACGAUGAUAUGUCCUCUACUUAUUCCGAAGUUACAAGCGUUUUGAUUGGUACACGUUCGGUUCCAAAUUUGCCUUCCUUAAAUAUACCGUCUCAUUCGGAUAAUUCACCUGCUCUGUCACUGACCGGCUUUAAACAACAUUGUCUACAAGCCGAGACAUUACAUGAAGAGGAUGAAGACGCGAUGGUGAAUGGACCACGUCAAAAACAGCGAAUUGAGAUGGAAAUCGUGUCCAAUGACGAAUCCGAUGAGGAAUUGGAUUGGGAUGGAAAAUUGGUUGUUCCGACUCAAAAUUCGGUACGUCGAUCCUCUUUGCCCGCUCCAAAUCAAACUGCCACGGCGGCUCAAAAUAAACGUCAUCAUCGUACAAUGUCACUGCCACAAGCCUCAAUUCAAGAUUUGCCAAAGAGUUUGUAUCAUCGUCAACCAACUCCCAGUGAAAUCUGGGACGAUGAUUUUGAUCUGGUGAAUAUGCGAGAAGUUCCGGUCCCUACAAGGGUUGAAGAAACUCAACUUUCUAUACGGAUGGAUCUCUCUAAUAUUCGUGAUUUCACAACGCAGAUCGAAGUGCUGAAAACUCUACGAAACAAAAAAGGGGAACUAGCAUCACACGUUCAAUCUCAAGUCGCAAACACCAAAAAGAAGUGGAAGCACGGAUUAAUUAGAAACGAUGAAAUAAAGACACUCAAAAAGCUCGAAGAGGCCUUCAAAGCAGAUUGGGAAGAAGCCAACGUAAUUAUCGAUAUUUCGGAAAUCGCGCAAGAUCAAACACCGACUUUUAAUGGUGGCAAAAGCGUGGAGCUUGGUAUUGAACAGGUUCCCUCUGAACGGCAUUUGACCAUCUUACGAAAGAUAAUUGACGAACAGUUGGGGAAUAGUGUUAGUAUUAGUGGCAAUGAUAAUAUUAACCAUCCCAAAAGCUUAUUUCAAAUUGAUUUCGGUGGUAAUAACGCCGGCAUCAGCAACAAUAAUGAGAGUACGAUUAACAAUGAUGAGAACAAAGAGAAUCAAAUGAUGGAUAUUAUUGCAACAACAUCAACCUUCUCUCACGAACAAACAAGUCAAAUAUCCAUCGACACCACCAAUACUGCUGCUACUUCAUCCAAAAAAGCCAAGACUGGAUUCAAUGCAUGGAAUGGCUUCUACGGUCUGAAACGCAAUAAUAGCGGACAAGUAAUAGGUCAUGCUUCAAAAAAGAAACGACGCGACAACGUGCGAAUAUCUGUGGACGAAAUGCCUAGUUUGAUCGAACAUUUGCAUAAAUUGCAAGAAAGGUUAUCGAAACACGUUGACCAACUGUCACAGUUAUCUGCAUGA